CGGACUUACAUUUUGCCGAGGAACCGAGAUAUAACUUAGUAGCUAGCUAACUUUUACCUCUUUGGCUAUCUCAGCCUCCAAUAUCAAAUUCAAAAUUUCUUGAGCCGAAAAUAAAUCCACCACAGUUGUUAACGAGGAAAACACGCUACUUAAAUCACUAGCGCUUGUGACUGCUUCAUUGUGAACAGUGAAUUGAUUCAAUGACUUUCAAACAUUUGAAGAUCUUAGCCUGCCUUGGAUGAUAUUUGUCUCUACUCUUACAUUUUGCAGUAUUUCAAGCAGUUUUCACGAGAAUAAAGCUGUUUGCCAUCUUAUCUUUUGGCGGAUGCGGGGAGGGAUUUAUGAUUGAUUAUAGCCUAAAAUAAGCAUCAUAUCGCCAGAACCUCACUAUGGGUUCCAGCCAGAAAAAAAAGAAUGAAAAGAAAAAGGACUUCCAGAAAACGAAACUGAAAGUUGGGAAAACUAAGCCGAAGCCUUCAAAUUUUACAGACACCAGCUUCCGGUCCCAAGCUAUCGUUCUAAACCAACAAUCCCUUACAACAUCAGCACGAUCGGCAUCGUCACAGUUCACUCACUAUUUGUCUCUUUUAAAUUCGAAAUCGGAUUCCCAGCGCAAGGACUCGCUUUCCUACUUGACGACAGCCAUUGUUUCGCGUCCGAUCAAUUCCCCCUUACCCCAGCCAGUCAGUGUCAUAUUACCGUCCCUUGUUUCCUUGAUUCUGGACGGUAGCAAUGCGGUCCGUAAUCAGCUUCUUAAGCUUCUAAAAUCGCUCCCUGCGCCAGAUAUGGAGGGACAUGUCUCCCAACUACUGCCCUACGUCCGCGCGGGCAUGACGCACCUCGCUGCUGAUAUACGACUAUCUUCUGUGGAAAUCAUUUCAUGGUUGGUAACUACUGCAGGGCAUGAGGUGGUCUCUUCACCCGGUGGGUGGAUAAAAACACUCAAUUGCUUCCUGUCUAUUUUAGGGUGGCAUACGAAAGAAUCAGCAAAGUGGUCGUCGAAUAGAGCCUCAUUUGGAAAAGCCGGUAGUGAUGGCAAACCUAUGGUUCGAACACUGCAAACUUUGGCGGAAUUUUUAAGAUCAGGUAUCGGCGCUACCGAGGAGCAUCCUGAGCUUGAUGAGAGUGAUUUAAUUGAGGACAAGGAGUGGAACUUCCCACUUACUCAGACAAGCCAUCAUAUUUUGCCGACCAAGUCUGCCCCGUUUGCCUACCUCAAUUUAUUCGGGCAGCCAAAAAAUGAGGAGGGCGAGAUGUAUGAAACCAGGGAAGAUAGGUUCAGGGUUUUCUCUGAAAGAUUCCUACCCGCUGUUGAACGUGGAGUAAGUCUAGCAAGGCAAGAAGGCGGAGACGUUGGGCGUGCAUCAGCAAGCGUCAGGAAGGUUCUGAAAGAAGCUAUAGCACUCAAUUCCGAGUCUUGACAUAUUUGCUCGUACUUAUAAAAGUCUAGCCGGAAAUGCUCAGACUAUUGUGACCCAAAUCGUCAACCUUACGUGGUUAUAUGUUAUGGGCUAAAGGGCAGCCUUUCACCCGAAUGAAUGGGUGGGGUGGAUAGUGUAGUAGUAAAGGUGCUGUCCAUGGAAGGCCCAUGGUAAGUAGGAACUGGCUAUGGGGGAUGGAUGACCUUUCUGAGACACCAGGAUUGCAGAUUUGAAUCCUCUCUUCAUCACAAGAUGGUUUUACUAUGAUCUAUUGAUUACAUUCACAAUAUGAGGCCAGCUCUUGACUGCAGAGAGCUAAUCAAUAGAUUAGAAGAAAAUGAUUUUCACUAUAUAUAUAUAAUUAAUAAACAGAAUGAUAUUAAGUUCUAGUAUAUAAAGAUUGUCUUC